AUGAUAACACAACUUGCUAAGAAUGGGUUUGCAGAAGAUUUAAUUGAUCUCUUUACUCAAUUUAAAAGCUUGGGACUUAAACCUGAUGGGCAGAUGUUCAUUGGAGUUCUAUCUGCAUGUAGUGUGCUGGGAGAUAUCGAUGAGGGAAUGCUGCACUUUGAAUCCAUGAGCAGGGAUUAUGGCAUUAUACCAUCAAUGGCUCAUUUUGUCAGUGUAGUAGACAUGAUCGGCAACAUUGGGCAUCUGGAUGAAGCCUUUGAGUUCAUUGAAAAAAUGCCAAUGGAGCCAAGUCCUAAUAUAUGGGAGACUUUGAUGAAUCUGUGUAGAGUUCAUGGGAACAUUGGGUUGGGGGAUCGCUGUGCCGAGCUAGUUGAGCAGCUAGAUUCAUCUCGUUUAAGUGAUCAGUCAAAGGCUGGCCUUGUACCUGCAAAAGCCUCCGACUUGACAAAAGAGAAAGAAAAGAAGUUAGCAAGAAAAAGUCUGCUUGAAGUAAGGAGUCGUGUCCAUGAAUAUCGAGCAGGAGAUACAUCUCAUCCUGAAAAUGAUAAGAUAUAUGCCUUGCUUAGAGGUCUAAAGUCACAAAUGAAAGAAGCUGGCUAUAUUCCUGAAACAAAAUUUGUGUUACAUGACAUAGACCAGGAAGGCAAAGAAGAAGCUCUUCUUGCUCACAGUGACAGACUUGUUGUUGCUUAUGGUCUCCUCAGCAGCUCUGCUCGCUCUCCAAUCAGGGUUAUUAAGAACCUCCGUGUUUGUGGUGAUUGCCACACAACAUUGAAGAUUAUUUCUAAGCUUGUAGGGAGAGAACUCAUUAUUCGAGAUGCAAAAAGGUUCCACCAUUUUAAAGAUGGGCUAUGCUCCUGCCAGGAUUAUUGGUGA